AUGCCGACUUCGUUGCAUCCGCAGGCCAAAUUCGAUCCUAUCCCGCCUGAUUUGGACUUGUAUGGCUUGGUCGACAAGACUCCAAAUUUCAAGUGGGUUCAGCGUGUAUCAAGAACCCAAAUACGCAAUCUUGGACAACAGGAGUUUGAGAAGCUGGUGUUGAUUCACGUCAUCGCUGGCGGUAAACCCCUGGUCAUUGAUGGAUGGGAUGGCGUUCUACCAAAGCGACUUUUCAAUGCCCGUUGGCUGGAAGAGACAUAUGAUAAGCAACAGGAGAAUGUCAGAGACAUCAAUGCGGGUUCGGAUAUCCCUAUGACGAUGGGACAUUACCUACGAUCGAUGCGACAGCUGGCGAAUCAAUGGACACCUACAAAUUUCAGAGACGAACGUCGUCAGCGCCUUUACUUAAAAGAUAUAGACUGUCCUCCCGAGUGGCAUGAUGCACUACAAAAGGUCAUCCAUCCAAACCUAUUCUACCUAAAUGAGAACGCCAGCGAAGCAGGUGGCUCGCAACAAAAAGAAGACGCCUUCCGCGAUGAGGCUGCUGCAGCACCAGCUGGUGACUUGAUGUCCAGCUUACCAGAAGAAAUGCGAGCCCAAAAUCUUAUGUGCUACAUUGGACACGAAGGCACAUUUACCCCGGCUCAUCGUGAGAUGUGUGCAUCGCUAGGUCAAAACAUCAUGGUAGAAGCAUCAGAGGGCGAGAAGGGCGAGAAACCAGGAAGCUCCCUCUGGUUCAUGACGGAAAGCAAGGAUCGCGAGGUUGUACGAGAAUACUUUCUCUCCAUGUUGGGACACGAUAUUGAGAUUGAGAAGCACUUUGCUCAAAUCAAUGCGUGGAAGAAAGCACCGUUCGACGUCUAUGUCGUUGAACAGCGAGUCGGCGACUUUAUCCUCGUUCCACCCCUGGCAGCACAUCAAGUUUGGAAUCGUGGUACUCGAACCAUAAAAGUAGCAUGGAACCGGACGACUGCCGAGACCCUAGAGUUAGCGUUGCACGAAGCCCUGCCGAAGGCUCGUCUUGUCUGUCGCGAUGAACAGUACAAGAACAAGGCCAUCAUUUUCUUCACUUUACAGAAGUACUAUCGCCAACUUCAGAAACUGGAGGAGGAUGCAGAGAUGACAUCGAUGAGUUUCGUAGGACUUGGUCAAGACAUUGUCAGGAGCUCACCUCGUGCUAGACAGCUUGCGGGUGACUUCAAAAAGCUAUUCAGUCUAUUUACUGAGAUUCUCAUUGACGAAAUGUUCGCACACAAGGAGAAGGACGUCGAGUUCAUCGAGUUUGACUCGUGCAUCACAUGCUCAUAUUGCCGUUCGAAUAUCUUCAACCGGUUUUUGACAUGCAAACAUUGUACUCGGACGCUGAUAAACGGUGAUGAAGAUACUUAUGACGUUUGCAUGGAAUGCUACGCCAUGGGGCGGUCUUGUGCCUGCCUUUCGGGUCUUCAAUGGUGUGAGCAAUGGUCUUGGGCCGACUUGGUCAAUAACUAUGAGGAAUGGCGUUCAAUGAUUAUCAAGAAUGACGGAUUCGUUGACUUUGAAACCUCGCCUCAGCCCUUAGAGAUCGCUAGACAGCGUUCAGGAAAGAAGUCACUGGCACAAAUUUGCCAAGAAGCCUUGAGAAGACGACCGUGGAAAGACAUAACUCAGCCAGAACGCGAAAUUACGCCAAGCGAGUCGGAGGCCGAGGUCGAUGGCGAAGGGAAACCAAAGAAGAAGUACAAACGCAAGAAGAAGAAGGGAGAGCUUAGGCGAUGCCACGUCUGUUGUCACAAGGACUAUGCCUACCGAGUACACCAGUGCACCAACCCUGGCUGCACUGAAUCCUAUUGUUAUGGCGUUCUUUAUCGAGCCUUUGAUAUGUUGCCACAGAAAGUGCUUGAGGAUGAGCAAUGGCAAUGUCCGAAGUGCUUAGGUAUAUGCAACUGUGGCCACUGUCGCCGCCAAGGACAUACAGACCCCUACACGCCAAAGAACACUCUGCUGGGGCAUGAUACCCGCCCGAUUGCCGAUGAUCGAAGUGUGGAAGCACUGGUCGACUUCCGAGUCCACAACCUCUCAUGGUUGAAGGCUGCUGGAGAGGAAAGUCGCAGCAAGGACAGCAGAAGGAUGAAGAGGUUGAGAGAGCAAGCCGAUAAUGCCAAGGCACAAGAUAUUACCGAGCAGGAUGAAGCAGAUGACUCCAUGCAAGACGCAGAGCAUGAUCCUCCUUGCGGUAUGCACGUACCUGGCAUGAACGGCUACGGAGAUCAGAGUCAUGUUCUUGGUCAAGGCGACCAGUCUAUGGCUGAUAACACCAUGGAAGGACCCUAUCCACAAUACCACGAAGAGAAUGCUGGACCGCCCGAUCAGUCCAUGGCGAUGGAUAUGUCACAGGCUGAAGAUGCUGAUACCUCCCUCUACCCAGAUCCUUCACUGGUGGCACGACAGCGCAUUGGUAUGGGAUACUAUGAACCAGACGAUACCCCCGACAAGAUUCUUUUUGAUCCUUUCCAGGCUCCAUCUGAGGAAGCCAUGCGACCGUCCGAGCCAGAUAUCCCUGAGUUCGUCAAGAAGUCUAUCCGCGCAGCCAAGAGAAAGGCCAAGCGAGAAAACGAGGAUCCCGAUUUCGUUGUUGGCAAGUCCCACCACAAGAAGCCUCGUCUCGCGGCAGAGCCAGAAGCAGAUUUUCUGGACAGCAUGGACCCUGCGCUGUUCAAUGGGCCGCCAGCUGCCCUUGAGGCUGUCGUGGAUCAGCCUGGCCAAGAUACAAGGGAACCGAGCACUGCACAAGACACAGGAACAGACGGCGCCCAGAACACACCAGAUGAGACCCCAGCUCCAGGCUCGGCUCUGGCUCCGGCUGCGGCUCCAUUCCCAUCUAAGAAACGGGGUCAACUGCUGUUUGAUGCAAAUGAGCCCGAACUUCGACACGCCAAACCCAUAGCAUCAUACGUGGAGGCGGACGUCGACUCAGACGAGUUUGAAGAAGAGCGCACGCAAGCGACAAAGCCUAAAACACCAGCUGUCCGCGCACAGGGCGAGAAGCAGUCGGCUGUCGAUAUGGCUGCUGACGCAGUUCGUGCCUUGUUCGGACCAUCAUCCCCCGCACCGCAACCUUCCAUUGAAAAAGACACUGAGUCUGUCCUUGAGACCAAGACUCCCUCUAAACGCCGUGGUCGUCCCCCCAAGACUGCAUCCGCUAGUUCCCAAUCUACGCCAGCUAGUUCUUCUAAGAAGCCAACAGGCGGCCAGAGAGGUUGGCCCAAGGGUCGACCUCGAAAGUCACGCUUGUCUCAAGUUUUAGCCGCGGAUGUUUCAACCGAAUUCGCUGAUGAGUCCAUCCAAGACCAAGGCGACGACAGUGACAUCGAGCACGGCAGAAUGGUUGAUGAACUCGAAGCACAGCUAACUGCCGAGCUCCGUACGGCUCCUCCGGAGGCUAUAGCAGAAGCUCCUCAACCCCGACGUCGAGGAAGGCCUAAAAAGUCCGAGGUGACCACGGUUACAGCGGGGCCAUCUGCUGUGACAGUUCCUUCAGAAGCAGGCGCCCGGUCAACACCGGGCAAUUCCGAGGAUCGAGGAUCGCGAAGUGCUCGCCGUACUCGACGAUCAGAGGGUAUUGAUAAUGGAUCUACUCGGGACUCUGUAUCUCCACCCCCGCCACCCAAAUCGGGCAACGGAGGAACGCAGCUUAUGUCUAUGGCUGAACGAAUGGCACUUAAGGGCAAGAAGUUCAAAAUAGGCAAACGCAAAUCCACAACUGCUUCAGCCAAUGUGACUGCAGCACAGUCAGGGGCAUCCACACCCACGCCAACCUACAAGGCUCCUCUGGCGGUAAUGGACGAGCCGACAGCAGAAGAGCCAAAGCAGGCUACUCGUAGUCCGAAUCAGCACAGUGAAUAUCCCGAUGAUAGAUUAUCCUUUAAAUCCUCGGCCCAUGACGGAAGCUUGCGCAGCCCUUCGCCACCACGUUUAGCACGGCGACCUCAACAGCCGACAGUUGUUAGAAUUGGUGAUACAGAUUCGGAAGCAGAUAUGAGUGAUUCAGUGUCUGCGUCAGGAUCGGAUUCCGGUAGUGAUGGGGAUAUUCCAGCAAGACGUGGCGCUGGUCGUGGAGGUCGAGGAGGUGGGCGAGGUCGAGGCAGAGGUAGGGGUAGACCAAGGGGUAGUGGGAGGGGGCAUCGAAGGGUUUAG